AUGAUCGGUUCGAUAAUUUUUCUUUUUCUUUCUUUCUCCAUAUGCAAUAAUUUACCUCAAUGUGCGUCCUGGCAAAAUAACUCAAUCAAAAUGGAUUUUUUUUAUCAAAGUCUUUCCCAUUCGCAAUUCAAUUUCGAUUGUGACGAAAAUUCCAAUGAAGUCGCAAGAAAACAGAUUUUCAUCCGACGAUGUUUUAUUAUUUUAAUCGUUAGUUUACUUUUAAUUAUUUUACAUUCGAAAUCGAUGUGA